AAGUCUCGAGGAGUGUGUCCACGGCAUCAUUAUGCGCCGGAGCUCCGCACACUUCUUUCCUUCCAGAAAGAGCGUGGUAAAGAUGGCGGAGAAGAGCUCGGUGCCGAGUGAUCUCUACAAGUGCGUUUAUUCAUUUCUACGGGAAAACAAGUUCACCAGGGCGGCGCAGCAGUUCCUGAAGCAGACCCAAGUGACUCCCCAAGACGAAAAUGAGGAAAACCUCGUCAACAUCUACAACUUCUGGGUGAAGUCUCCUGAAUCCAAGAAACGAAAAGCGCCUCCUACCAAGGCUGAAGCUGGCGACGGUCCAUCGUCCAAGAAAGCAAAGCCAAGUACAGAGUCCUCCAGCAGCGAAGAGUCGAGCAGCGAGGAUGAAGAAGCUGCUGCAAAACCAGCUAAGGCAGCCGCUGCAGCAGCUAAAGUGGUCCCUGCUAAAGCAGCAGCUGCUAAAGCAGCAGCUGCUAAAGCUGCAUCCAGCAGCAGUGAAGACUCCAGUGACUCUGAGGAGGAGAAGGCUCCUGUAAAGGCUCCUGUGAAGAAGGCUGCUGCUGUGAAGAAGGUUGUUGCUGCUCCUGCUGCGAAGAAGGUUGUUGCUGCUCCUGCUGCAGGUGGCACAAGGAAGAAAGACAGCAGCUCAAGCAGCGAAGAGUCCGACUCUGAGGAGGAGGAGCCGGCUAAAGCCCCUGCACCAAAACCCAAGCCGGGUGCCGUCACUACAUCUAAACCUGCUGCUCCUGCUAAAGGUGCAGGUCAGAAAAAACAGGAGAGCACCAGUGAAGACAGUUCCUCAGAUUCUGAAGCUGAAGAACCAGCAAAGGCUCCAGCCAAACCCACCCCAGUAAAAGCUGCUGCUGCAGCCGAAUCAACCAGUGAAGACUCUUCAUCCGAAGAUGAGGCUCCUCCCAGUAAAAAACCCAAAGCAGGAGCAUACAGCGCCGUACCACCUCCUGCAUCAGUCCAGAAAGCACCAGCCGCACCGGCUGCCAGCAAGGCCAAGGACAGCGACUCCUCAGACAGCAGUGAUGACAGCAGUGAUGAGGAAGAAGAGAAGAAAGUGGCUGCAAAACCUGCCCCAGUUAAGACCCCUGCUGUCAAACCUGCCGCGGCCAAACCUGCUGCAAAGAAGCAGGAAUCCAGCUCAGAGAGCUCAGAUUCAAGCUCAGAAGAAGAGGCAAAGAAGACCCCAGCCAAAGUCACCCCAGCUAAAGCAGCCCCAGCCAAAGCAGCCCCAGCUAAAGCAGCCCCAGCUAAAGCAGCCCCAGCUAAAGCAGCCCCAGCCAAAGCAGCCCCAGCCAAAGCAGCCCCAGCCAAAGCUGCACCUGCUAAGAAGCAAGAUUCAGACUCUGAAUCAUCAAGUUCAGAGGAUGAAGAAGAGGUGAAGAAACCUGCUGCAAAGGUGACCCCUGCUAAGGCUACACCGGCUAAGGCUACACCGGCUAAGGCUACACCGGCUAAGGCUACACCGGCUAAAGCUACACCUGCCAAGACUCCCCCAGCUAAAAAGGAGGAGUCCUCAAGCUCAGAUUCAGAUAGCAGCUCUGAAGAUGAGGCUCCUUCAAAACCUGCCGCGAAAACUGCAGCCCCACCGAAACCUGCUGCUGCUUCCAAAGCCCCCACCAAGAAAGCUGAGAGCAGCUCUGAUUCAGAGGACUCAUCCGAAGAUGAGGAAGAAGCAGUUAAAGCCAAACCCAAAGCAACUAAAUCAACGACCCCAGCCUCAAAGCCUGCUACGCCUGCAGCUAAGACCCCUGCUGCAGCAGAGAGUAGCUCAGACUCUGACUCAUCCUCUGAGGAAGAAGAAGAAACGGUCAAGUCUAAGCCUGCAGCAACUAAACUAGCUACCCCUGCUUCAAAGCCUGCCACUCCUGCUACAAAGCCUGCUGCUGCAGCAGAGAGCAGUUCUGACUCUGACUCCUCUGAGGAAGAAGAACCAGCUAAAGCUAAGCCUGCUACCCCUGCUUCAAAGCCUGCUACCCCCUCAACUAAGCCUGCUACUCCUGCUUCAAAGCCUGCUGCUGCUGCAGCAGAGAGCAGUUCUGACUCCUCUGAGGAUGAGGAAGAACCAGCUAAAGCUAAGCCAGUAGCAGCAACUAAACCUGCUACCCCAGCAGCGAAGCCUGCCACUCCUGCAGCAAAGCCUGCAGCAGCAGAGAGCAGCUCAGACUCUGACAGCUCAGACUCUGAGAAUGAGGCCUCAAAACCUGCAGUCAAGAAGCCAGCUCCAGCUAAAACAGUGGCUAAGAAACCUGCUGCUGCUGCAAAGGCCCCCGCAGACUCCAGUGAUGACAGCUCUAGUGAUGAGGAGGAACCCAAGAAGGCAGCACCACAGACCCCCAAACCUGCAGCCACAAAGGCAGCAGCUGCUCCACCAAAGAAGACUCAGGAGAGCAGCUCUGACUCCUCAGACAGCUCUGACUCUGAGGCAGAGACCAAGUCCACCCCUGCUAAGCCUGCGGUCACAAACGGCAAGGCAGCAACACCCAAGACCCCAGCCAAGACCCCAGCCAAGACCCCAGCAAAGCCAGAAGAGUCUUCAUCCAGUGACAGCAGCUCCGAGGAGGAGGAAGAGGCCAGUAAAAGCACUAAAGUAAAAAAACCUGCAACACCAGUUGCAACAGCAAAGACGACUCCAGCAGCGAAACCUAAAGAGAGCAGCUCCUCAGACAGUUCAUCAGAUGAGGACGAAGCUCCACAGAAAGCAGCCACAGCACCCACCACCCCCACAACAAAUGGUACCAAUGGAAAGAGAAAAAAAGAUGACGAAUCAUCAGAAAGUGAAGACGAAGAUACAGAGGUCACAACCCCAAAAAACAAGAAGGCAGCAACCACACCUCAGACUUUCCCUAAAGCCAAUAAGAAGUCUUCCAACGUACCUUUCCGUAGAAUAAGGGAGGAACAAGUUGAUGUGGAUCCCCGUCUUGCAGAUAACUCCUUUGAUGCAAAGGGUGGAUCCAGAGGUGACUGGGGCGAGAAAGCAAACGAUGUGCUCAGGUUCACGAAAGGCAAAUCUUUCCGCCACGAAAAGACCAAGAAGAAGAGGGGAAGCUACCGCGGCGGAGCCAUCUCCACCACUAUCAACUCCAUUAAGUUUGACAGUGAUUGAGCUCAUUCUCUUCCUGGUUCCUGAUGCGAUCAAGACUUUGACUGUGCUCCCUUCCCCUGUAUCCAGUCCCUCUGUCCUAAGAAGAUCAGAGACAGAGGAACUCAACCUGUAGAGCUGAGCUGACACUUCAAUUCAGUUUGCAGCUCUAAGAUUGUAAUUGAGACAGCUAGUUUGGUCUGAGGCAGCAGGAGACAGAUGGACCCAGCUGUGCUGCAUACUGUACUGGUUGACAUCUACGUGACAUUACACUUAUAGCCACUAGGUGGCUGCAGGCCACCUGUUAAUGGUAAAAAGCCAAUAUGAGUGUUAGGCCCUUUUUUUUCCUCUUGUUUUGACUUUGUUAACCUGUAUUAUUCUCAAAUUACAAAUGUCCUGUCACUUUGUUUGGUAUCAUGACUUUGUUCCUUUAUCUAUGUCUGAGUUGCAGCCAGCCAUCUCACCAGGUUCUUUGUUGUGAUACUGAUUUUUAAUGGAAUCUUGAAGUUUGUUUGGUUGGUUGUUCCUUUUUCAUGAGUCCACAUUUAAAUGGGGAGAGGGUGUGACCUUGGGCUUUUUCUCUUGACAUUACAUAAAAACAUUUAGUGAGUAAUCUCAGUUUUAUACUGUAUUUAUUACGUUUUAUUCCAUUGACCUUUAGGACCUCCGAUGUUUCUUUCAUGCUGUAUUCAAGCCAUUUUGCUUUGAGGAUGUUUCUUUUGAUAGGAUGCCCCUGUCUACCCCUCAUUAUUCUGUUCAUCAGUGGUAUGGAAAUAAUGGAUUGGUACAAACUUAACAGAGCCAUAAUUGUCUCAAUGAUUUUUAUUUAGUGUAUGAACUUGUUUUUUUAUUACCUGUUGUAGCUGUGAUUAAAGACCUAACAGAUUAAAUGGUGUUAAUUGGUGUGCUUGGAA